UCAUAUAUACCAUUAUUUAUAACACACCUAUCAUAUUAUAUAUCUUCUCAAACACCACCAUCACAUUUAAUUUCUAAAACUUAUUCCAUUCAAAUUUCUCCUUAAGAAAACAUGAUUACUCAAAACCAACGUUAUUAUUAUCACAUAUUCUACAUAACACUAAUUAGCAUCACAUUAACUUCAGUUUCAGCUCGUUUCUUCCCUGAUCCAUCUUCAAUGCCCGCAUGGAAUUCUAGCAACGCGCCACCAGGCGCGUGGGAUGGGUACAAAAACUUCACCGGCUGCAGCCGCGGCAAAACUUACGACGGUUUGUCAAAACUCAAAAACUACUUCAACCACUUCGGUUACAUCCCCAACGGGCCGCCGUCAAAUUUCACCGAUGACUUCGACGAGGCCUUAGAAUCCGCCGUCAGAACCUACCAAAAGAAUUUCAACCUCAACAUCACAGGUGAACUCGACGAUGCAACGAUGAAUUACAUCGUCAAGCCACGCUGCGGUGUGGCUGACAUCAUCAACGGUACAACCUCCAUGAACUCCGGCAAAUUCAACUCCAGCUCCACAAACUUCCACACAGUUGCACACUAUUCAUUCUUCCCCGGCCAGCCACGCUGGCCGGAGGGAACACAAACCCUAACCUACGCUUUCGAUCCUAGCGAAAACCUCGACGAUGCAACGAAACAAGUUUUCGCAAACGCUUUUAAUCAAUGGUCAAAAGUAACUACAAUAACAUUCACAGAAGCAACGUCAUAUAGUUCAUCAGAUAUUAAAAUAGGGUUUUACAGUGGGGACCAUGGUGACGGAGAAGCAUUUGACGGAGUCCUUGGAACAUUAGCACACGCUUUUUCACCAACUGACGGAAGAUUACAUUUAGAUAAAGCUGAAGAUUGGGUAGUUAACGGAGAUGUAACGGAGUCAUCUUUAUCUAACGCUGUUGAUUUAGAAUCUGUUGUGGUUCAUGAAAUAGGUCAUUUAUUAGGGUUAGGGCAUUCUUCCAUUGAAGAGGCUAUUAUGUACCCUACAAUAAGUUCAAGAACGAAGAAAGUUGAGCUUGAGAGUGAUGAUAUUGAAGGGAUUCAAAUGCUUUAUGGGUCUAACCCUAAUUUUACAGGGACAACUACUGCUACUUCGAGGGACAGAGAUUCUAGUUUUGGUGGAAGACAUGGGGUGUCGUUGUUUUUGUCUUUGGUGUUUCUUGGGUUUGGUUUUUUGAGUUUGUAGAUGAGAGUUUUCUCUUGUUUUUAUUUUAUUUGUUGUUGAUUGAUACUUAGAUAGUAUUUAUACGGAAUAGGGAAAGUAUAUGAUACGUAUACGUGAUACGGCUACUGUAUAUUUUGUACUAUUCACAUUCUUCAUUCUUUUUGUGAUAACUUAUUGGUCAACUUCUAUGGAUUAUAAUUUUAAUAUAAGGUUGGUGUGAAAUUACUUUAUAAA